GCGGCGGCGGAGCGGCAUGGCGGGUAUGGCGCUGGGCGUGGGACCCGGCGUGCUGGUGCUGCAGCUCCUAUGGGGCCUGGCGCUGCUGUUCUGCCUGGCUCUGUCCCGCACGGCUGGCCGGGCCCGGUUCGCCGUGGUGCUGGUGGCGCUGGGAGCCGCCGUCCUUAGCGCCGCGCUGCUGCUUUUUCCUCGGGAGGAUGAGCACCCGGUCGCAGCCGCCGCCGCCGAGAUUGUGGACACCUUCUUCAUUGGCCGCUUUGUCCUCCUGGCCGUGAUGAGCCUGGUCGUACUUGGGUGCCUGUUUCUGCUCCUGAUUUACCACGUCAUGGAGCCGGUGUACGCCAAACCGCUCCACAGCAGCUAGCGGCAACCAGAGGCAGAAAUCCCCACAAGGGGGAAAUCCCGAUUUCAUGGCAAUAAGCCAGGAAGAGGGACCAGGAGACCGUUCGCGUCAGUUUUUCCGAGCUCAGAAAGAGCUGGCGAAGCAAGCCAAGUGUGUCACUUGCACCCAGUGCUGCAUCUUCCAUCUUUAAAAACAAAGUUCGCACUGAGCACAAGUGCAUUCCUCUCCAGGGACUCUGCAGAUGGCAAAGGUGCUUUAACCUCUCUCUUUUGUCUUUUUCCAGGAGAGUUGAAAUCCACGCACUUGGUACCACCCUUGAUUCAAUGAAUUGAGCUGAGUCGAGAUGGUUUGUUGUUGUUAUCCACACCAGAUGGUUUGUUACCAUUCCUUUUUCACUGUAGUUUAAUAAAACUCUCUUAAGAAA